AUGCGAACAUCGUCUGUACCUAUUAUUUUAGCCAUAGGCUUGGUGGUUGCCACAGCACUGCCCGAGAAACAAGAAAGAAUUGUUGGUGGCGCUGAAACUACGAUUGAAAACUACCCCUAUAUUAGCGCAAUUCUGUUUAGCCCUAAUUAUGCCGACUACAUACAAGUUUGCGUGGGGAACGUACUCAAUAAUAGAGCCAUCCUUACUGUUGCUCACUGUUUCUAUGGUAUAGAAGCUCUUAUUAGGUGGCGAAUCCGUGUAGGAUCUUCUUACGCAAACAGCGGAGGUAACGUCCACUAUCCCAGCCGCAUCAUCAUCCACCCCAAUUUUAGUCGGCCCGGAUUUGAAAACGAUAUUGCAAUCCUGCACUCAGUCUAUCCUUUUUCAUUUAGUAACAGUGUUAGUGCUGCCUCAAUAGCAGGUGUAAACUAUAAUCCUGGAGAUGACCAAGUCGUUUAUAACGUCGGGUGGGGAAAAGAAUCAGUUGACCAACCAAAUUCUGAACAAUUGCGAAGCCUUCAAGUUUUGACUAUUAACUAUAACACAUGUAUAAAUAUUUAUAUUCCGGUUGCUAUAUAUCCAACUGAGAAUGUGAUUUGUUCCGGCUGGCAUGAUUCAAGCAGUGGUGCAAAUCAGUGCCAAGGGCCCUCUGGUAGUCCUCUUGUACACAAUGGUGUUAUAAUAGGCUUAUACUCAUUUGGAUGGCAAUGUACUUAUGCCAACUACCCUGCCAUCAACACUAAAGUCUCAAGUUACACAUCCUGGAUCGUAUCGAAUGCCUAA